AUGCCUAGAGGGCAGAAGAGUAAACUCCGUGCCCGGGAAAAACGCCGUCAGGCCCAAAAAGAUCCCCAAAAUCUGGUGGAUGCUCAAAGAUCUGAGUAUUCCCCCUCUUCAUCUGCUCAUUCCAAUGAUAUUCCCCGGAGUUCACUUACUGGAACACUCAGCAACCCCCAAGGCCCUGAGACAGUCACAUUCCCCACCACUACUGCUGCAGCUGCUCCAGCUACACGAUCAAAUGAAAAUACCACAAGGCCAGGGUCCACACAAAGCCCAUCAACCAUGGAGAAUUUCCCCAACGGCCCUGUAGAUGAGAAGGUAGUUAUGCUGGUGCAUUACUUGCUGUACAAGUAUCAAAUGAAAGAGCCAAUUAGUAAGGCAGAAAUCCUGAAAAACAUAAUCCAAGUAUACAGGAGCCAGUUCCAUGAGAUCCUGAGAAAAGCUUCUCAGCACCUGGAGCUGAUAUUUGGCCUUGACUUGAAGGAAGUGGACCCCAACAAGCAUAUCUACGUGCUCAUCAACAAAUUGGAAUCAAAUUGUGAUGCGAGUUUGAGUGAUGAAAUAAGAGUCCCCAAGACUGGCCUGCUGAUGACAAUUCUGGGUGUGAUCUUUACAAAUGGCAAUUGUGCCACGGAGGAGAAAAUCUGGGAAGUGCUAAAUAUGAUGGGGCUAUAUGAUGGGAGUGUGCACUUUGUCUAUGGAGAGCCUAGGAAGCUCAUCACCAAAGACUUGGUGAAAGAAAAGUACCUGGAGUACCGGCAGGUGCCCCAUAGUGAUCCUCCACGCUAUGAGUUCCUGUGGGGUCCAAGAGCUCAUGCUGAAACAAGCAAAAUGAAAGUCCUGGAGUUUUUGGCCAAGAUCCACAGUACAGUUCCCAGUGCCUUUGUAUCCGAGCAUGAAGAGGCUUUAAGAGAUGAGGAAGAGAGAGCCCAAGCUAGAAUUGCAGCCAGAGCUCGCGCAAGUGAGAGAGCCAAUGCACGUUCCACAGCCAUGCCUGGAAGCACCUCUAACUCCUAA